CUCGCUGUCCGUGGCUGCAACGCGGAAGGAGGAACGCGUCUCUCCCCCUCCUCCGUCACUGAGGUGUAAUUUCGGCGUCAGCGCCUCACAAGGUGCAGCCUUCAGCGGAAACCUGUGAUACCCCUGACACCUUCAUGCCAGUGCCGAUUUAUUUAAAGCCAAAGCGGACAUAUAUCCCCUCGCUUCUUCUCCCCCGUGACGGACGUGUAGGAGAGCGCUGAAGAGUGCCUCACUGCCUCAGCUUCUCGAUGGGUGAAUCAGGCUCGCGCCGUUCCACCCUCGUCUCACGCCUGCCAAUCUUCCGCCGCAGCGGCAGCAAGCGGCAGGACUCACUCCCCUCCUCCCCGUCCUCGGGCGGAGUGGGCAACGGCGUUCACACCUCCUCGCCCUCCAGCACCAACUCCAGCUCGGGCAGCACCGGCAAGCGGCGGAGCCUGUUUCGCACGCCGUCUCUCGGCUUCACGGCCAAGAGGAACAGCGACCCGCGCGUCCAGCCCAUCAACCUGAACCUCACGCCCCCCCUGACGCAGACCGCCGACGCCAACGGCAACAGCCAGCAGACAAUCACCGCGUCGGCCUCGGCGGGGUUCAGCGAGGGCGGCAGGCGCUCCAAGUCCCGCCACUCGUUUGGGUUCGGGAGCCACAAGCAGAAGAAAAUCCCACGCUCGCAGACCGAGGACUUCGACAAGGCCUCCUCGUCCUCUUCCACAGCCAAUCGAAAUGUGUUCACCAACUGCAUCAGCGGCUCUGGGACCAACGAAGGUGACGACUCGGGGUUCCUCGACGACUUCAGCGGCGCCAGUAAUAACAACAAACGCUCCUCGCGGCAGAAGAAGCAGCUGCUGCCCAAAUCGUUCUCCGCUCACCACCGCUUCUCGCGCACGUCUGACCACCACAGACCCCCAGAAGUCAACCUGGAGCCUCCGAGCUCCGCCACCGUCACCCCGGGGGCCGGGGGGCUCACCCCUGGGUCGUUGCCAGGGGAACUGAUGGGAGGAGGCGGGGAGAGCUCGCUUCAGUCGCCGAUGAUCUCAGAAGACCGGACAACGGCCAUCACUCCGUCAGAGUUCAUCCCCAUAACGGAGGACUCUGUGUCCGAGGCGGACGCACUUCCAGCUCCGAGUCCGGGAUCGGGUUUAAACCCGGGGCCCGUCUGCGUGUCUGAGCCGCCUGCUGACGCCGCUGCACCUGAACCCCCUGCUGCGCCUGAGAACUUCAGCGCGGCCGUCUCCACCUCUCAGGUUUUCUUCACCCCAGUCGAGUCUAGUGCGGAGAGACCCGUACUCCCCGACACCAGCACAGCCAACAACACGGACUAUGAAACGGCCGUUUCCCUUUCCGAGCCCGAGACCGCCGUGCCCUGCCCGCCUCUGCGGGAACAAUCGCUGGAAGAGAGGAAGGAGAGGGAGGAGGAGAGACGGGAGGCCAUCAAAGAAGAGUCGGCAGAGGGGAAGGAGUCGGCGCAGGAGAGGAAGGCGGGCUACCACACCGAGACCACGAGCGAGAGCGAGGUGUGCGGGGCGCGCAGCGAGGGCUGUCACUCGAACCCCGAGAAAACGGACAGGCGGCCGAGACACACGCUCUCGCUGCAAGAAAGAGGAAGCUUCUGCGGCUGCCACGAACCCAGGCCCUCUCACUUGAGGAAACCGCACGCAGCUUCUGUGUGCAGCAACGCCAGCCCUUACCACGGGGUGAUGCGGAUGGAAAGGCGACUGCGCUCCUCGUCUGAGGGGGCCGGUGGGCCUCGUGUCCAUGGAAACUACAGAGAUGCCCAAGGCAUGGAGGGAAACGGUCUGCUCAAACACAGAAACAACUCCUCCUCGUCUAAACUUGGAAGUCUGGACGUGCUGAACAACCUGGGCUCCUCAGAACUGGAUGAAGAUGAUCUCAUGUUAGACCUGGACCUCUCAGAUGAUCAGCGGCAUCGACAUGUGUCCAGAGAGGACUCGAGCCAAUCCCUAACAUCCUGCCUCAACCUACUUCCGUCCCCCUUGGAUCCACCUGGAGAUCGCUUUGCAGGGAAAGAGAACAUUCUGAGGGAACCCAGUCGACCAACCAGCCUGCUGCCCGCUGAAUGUAGCUUGGGGUCUGGUUUAGGGAGGGAAGAAGACCCUCUACCUCCGGGGCCGGAGAGCCUUCCGCUCCGACUGAUGCAGCAGGAAUGCACAGCGGUCAAAACACUGCUCUUAAGGCUGAGACGGACAUUGCAAGAGAGCACAGAGACAAGUCCGGCCAGCAGCCUUCAGUCUCUACCCAUCAGUCCUUGCAGUGAGAAGUCUCUUCCAUUCAAGGAUCUCAACAGAGAGGAAGCCCUGCUGCAGCAGCUGAGAGAAAAAGAUGAGCUGAUUCUCAGACUCCAGAGUGAACUGGAGAGCGCCAGAGCAGCCCUGAAGAUGAAAGACUGCCAAAUGACUGAUCGCACAACGCAGACAGAACACACAGGGGCAGAGCUCAGCCUUCCAGGCCGAUGGUCAGGACCCGGCAGCAGCAACAUCACCCUGGCUCCAAGGGACCGAAGGGUGGCGCGGGGGGUGUCAGCGGCACAAGGAGGGGACCACAAUAACCAACACCACCCUUACCACUGUCGGCCCGCCACUGCUGGAGAGCGCCACACUGCCAGGGAGGAGCGCCACCACCAGGGGCCCGGUAACACUGCUGUUAGUCUGGCUUCUGGUUGCUCAAACCUGCCGCUGGGCCAGACCUCACCCACCACACCAGCCCAGCCCAGUGCAAAUCAGUCCCCAGGUUCUGGCUCAGCUUCAUUUCAUUUCUCCAAGCACCCUGAGAGGGUGUCCUCCUCCUCUGAGUCCUUGACUCCAGGAGGAGGGGGAGGUGGAGCGAGUCUGUCCGGAGGGGUAAAGAGAGGAGGCGGGGAUCAGCAUCCGCCGAGCCUCAUCCCCCGUGCGGUCGGGGCCAGCGCCUCUUCAAGCCUCCACAGUCUGGCCAGCAGGGGGAGCCCCACGCAAAACAUCUCGUCGUCGGAACGGGCCUCGCCGACACCUCCUACACCUUCGUCAGCUUCCUCCUCCUCCUCCUCCUCCUCCGCAUUCACCGGCCGUUUAGGACAACCACCUCGCGGCCCUCUGUCUCUACAUAGCUACAGUCGGAAAAACGUCUUCCUCCAGCAUUCCCUGCACACGGCCGAACUGCAAGCGCUCACGCAGCGAGACAGCUGAGGAUGCCAAAAAAACAACAAUCCAUCCUGCCAUAAUCAGCCAUAUCAUCAGCUUAACUUAUCGGAAAGGUGAAUAUUUGAGAGGAAACACUGCUGCUGUUUCUGUCGUUAUAGUUGCAACCAAACUUACCCCCCACCCCC